UUGGAUUGGUGCGAGAGCGGUCUAGUAGGAAGGUUUUCUGGGGUCGACGUUUUUAAUGUGUAAAGUUGUUUUCAGAUCUCAGAAGGAGUAUUCACAAUGCUAGUGAACACACUAUGGGUGCGAUGCCAUUGCGCGGUUUUAUUAUCUGGACAUUUCCCUCUCGUGUGUUCUGGCUCACGUGUGGCGGCUUUUUCGUCGUUCCCUUUUCUGCGUGCGCGCAAAAAGAAAAGCGAGUACGGCUGUGUGGACACAGAACGGUACGCGUCACUUGUGAGGGCAGCCGUGUCCACAAGAAUAAGCUCACAGACCCCAGAAAGCAUUGAAAAGGAAGACAGAUGGCUGUAUGGGAGUAUUAUAAGAUCCAAAGCAGAGGCCUCCAAAAUGGUUAAAAAUCCGUAUCCACUGUUAAACGACGCAAAAGGCGUUGUCCAGUCAGACUGUGAGGGGCGACCCAUGAGCAAGAUACCCCUGCAAAGAGAUGCAAGUCAACCUGCUAUAGCCAGCGUGACCAAAAUACUGCAGAAGACCAUGUCUGCCAAGCAAGCCUUUUGCUUGGAGAGGUGGAGGAGAAAGAAGAUUGCUGAGCUUGGAGAGGAGGGCUUCAAAGAAUACACCACAAAGCUUUUUAUGCAGGGAAAGCUGUUCCAUUCAGCUAUUGAAGGAAUUCUAACUCAAGAAAACUCCCCAAAGGAUGACAUGGAGUGUUGUGAGGAAGUGGAUGGGUAUUUGCAAAGUGUCGGUCAUGUGCUUGAUGAUGUCACAGGAGCAAGAGCCAUCGAAAGUGCAGUGCACCAUGAGGCACUGCAGUACUUGGGCGUAGUGGAUUGUGUUGCCCUGUACAAGGGUUCGCUUUGUGUUAUAGACUGGAAGACAUCAGAGAAGCCCAAACCCUUCAUUCAUAAUACCUUUGACAACCCCUUACAGGUGGCUGCCUAUAUAGGAGCCUUAAACAGUGACAAGAACUACAACUACCAGGUAGAAAGUGGGUUGAUUGUAGUGGCCUAUAAAGACGGCACCCAGGCCCACUCCCAUUGGCUGAGUGCAGAGCAUGUGCAGCAGUACUGGGAGAGAUGGCUCCUCCGAUUGGAGGAGUAUAUGGAGAAGGCAGCGUAACUUGUUCUUUAAUGGAAGACAAAGAAUGCCUGUGACCGUAAGCUCUAGGUUCAACCGUUCAGCCUUUACAGACUAUGAGAAAGUUCUCAGAAAAGAGAGAUGUACUGUGUUGUUUGUGUUCCUCUAGGUCCUACCACCUCUUCCCAGCGUAUGACUUUAUAUAUAUAUAUAUAUAUAUAUAUAUAUAACACAGUUAACCACAAAACAAGUUACUACAACGAAUAUUUGUACUGUGUAUUUCUGACAGUUAAAUGUGUCAAGUCUGCUGCAUAUUCUGAAAAAAUAAAGAACAAAUCUUUAGUGAACACA